AUAAUCGCUUGUCUUGCCAGCUUAGAAUAAUAUUAUUAAAACGAGCCAGCGAGCCCGGUCUCCGGGAGUAGGUUAUGUUGAAACGGCAUAGAAAAGGUGGAGGAGGACGGUGGAAGGAGUAGCAACUUUCUCUCUUUCUCACCAACUAUAUGAGGAUUUGUCGCCUGGGGUUUUGCACGGCUGAAUGGACUUGAGUUUAUGCCACCAUACGCAGUUGGAUAUUACUACCUAACCUUGGGCUGUUUUAAGUUUUAGGUUGCUCUUUUGGGGACCUUUUGUCGCUUAUGGACUUAAUGCGUUUUGAUUUAAUGUGAGACUGAGAGGGGAGACGUGGAAGUAAGGCACAAUAUAAUCUGUAUUGGUUUACGUUGUCGCCAUGUCCAUGCUUCCGACGUUUGGUUUUACGCAGGAGCAAGUUGCGUGUGUUUGCGAAGUUCUCCAACAAGGGGGGAACAUCGAGCGGCUAGGGCGCUUCCUCUGGUCCCUCCCGGCGUGUGAGCACCUCCACAAAAAUGAGAGCGUCCUCAAAGCGAAAGCCGUGGUCGCUUUCCACCGGGGGAACUUCCGAGAGCUCUACAAAAUCCUCGAGAGCCACCAGUUUUCUCCGCACAACCACCCGAAGCUGCAGCAGCUGUGGCUCAAAGCGCACUACAUCGAGGCGGAGAAGCUGAGAGGCCGUCCGCUCGGCGCCGUGGGGAAGUACCGCGUCCGGAGAAAGUUCCCCCUGCCUCGCUCCAUCUGGGACGGAGAAGAGACAAGCUACUGCUUCAAGGAGAAGAGCAGGAGCGUCCUGCGGGAGUGGUACACCCACAAUCCUUACCCAUCCCCGCGGGAGAAAAGAGAGCUGGCCGAGGGCACGGGACUCACCACCACGCAGGUCAGCAACUGGUUCAAAAACCGACGGCAGCGAGACCGAGCAGCGGAGGCGAAGGAAAGGGAAAACAACGAGAACUCCAACAGCAAUAGUCACAACCCAUUGAGUUCUUCCAUGAAUGGAAAUAAAUCUCUCCUGGGGAGCUCGGACGACGAUAAAACACCCAUGGGGACCCCGGAUCACACGUCCCACAGCCCGGCUCUGCUCCUCGGCUCCGGUUUACAGUCCCUGCACGGCCUUGCGCCCCCGCCUGGACCCAGCGCCAUCCCGGUUCUCAGCGGUGUAGACUCGGUGCACCAUCACCACUCAAUGCACCACGACUCCAUACUGAACCCUAUGUCUUCUAAUCUAGUGGACCUUGGCUCUUAAAAAACUGGCACAGAAGCGGGACAAAGAGCAACCAUUUUUUGGAAAAGUUAUUUACGAGUUGGAGUGAGGCAAACUUCGAGCACUUGUGGCAAAGUGCAAAGCAGACGGACUGGAACACUGCGAGAAAACAGCCGCUGCAACAAAUCAUUUAUCCCAUAUUCAAACUUUUAAACAAGUGGGGAAAUCUGCCUGAGGGUGCACCUAUCUCUAAAACAAAGUUCCACUUGUUUUGUUUUUUUAGAAACAAGUGUUAAGGCAGAGCACUUAAGACAAUUCGGAAAUGUGCUUAAUGCAGGUACAAUUAUUUUUCUCUUAAAUUCGUUUAAGGGAAAUGUAAUUCUAAAGAUAAAUAGAGAUGAUGACUUGUUAAACGGAUCAUGUUUGCAGUGCUGGUGCAAACAAAAGGUGAGGUGGUUCUAGGUCGUUUUAGGUAAAAAACAAAAAACAAAAAAAUAGAAAAAAAGUAUUUUACCGGAAUGUACGUAACAUGCUAUAUUGUUGAAAACAAUAACAAUAAAAUGUCUUAAUUCUUGUUACUAUUACCGUUGUUAUUUUAGGGGUUUAGAUUUAUCAGCAGACUCUGAAGGCACCGAGUUAAAGGCAUAGGCUACCCAAUCGCCUUUUUGUUUACACGGGGUUUUCCAA